AUGAAGAAACAAUUUGAUCAUGUGACUGUGGAAAUGAACAGGUACCUGACAGAAUCAAAGACGGCCCUUAACCUGACAAGAGGUCGCAGCGCCUUCUCCGUCUCACUGACCGAUUCUAUGUCCUGCGCUGCCCCCGCCGGUAGUGACCAGCUCAUCAUCUACGGCAAUGUCCUCCUCAACCUGGGAGGCAGCUUCAACGUGCAGAAAGGUGUCUUCACCGUUCCUCAAUCUGGUGUCUACUGCCUCACCGUCACCAUCCAUGCCAAGGCUCCUUUCGGCACAAACGUGGCCAGCUGCGCUCGUCUGCAGGUUAAUGGCAAACCGGUGAUGGCGUUGCUCAGCGAGAAAAAGGGCAACGACCCUCAAGACAGCAGCAGCAUUGUUGUAACCUUGAAACUUAAGGCUGAUGAUGAGGUGGCUGUCCUCCUGCCCAAAGGAUGUGUGAUCUGCAAUGAAGACCAAGGCCAGCACUAUAACACCUUCACUGGCUUCCUGCUCUAUGUUGCUAGCUAA